UUUGAAAGAAGAAGAAGAAGCCUAACGAAGAACAUUCGAAAAAACUUGGAUUUGUUUUUAUUUGGUGCUUGAAUCGCUAAAAAUGGAAGGGAUUGAAUCUGGGUCUAGACAAGGAAAGAGAGUGGUUGUGAUCGGCGGUGGAAUCGCCGGCUCACUCGCCGCUAAAUUGCUUCAGUACGAUGCUGAUGUCACACUCAUCGAUCCGAAGGAGUACUUUGAGAUUACAUGGGCAAGUUUGAGAUCCAUGGUGGAGCCUAAGUUUGCUGAAAGAACAGUGAUUAACCACAACAGUUACUUGAAACAAGGCCGUGUUGUAACUUCUCCGGCGAUCAAUAUCACAGAGAGUGAUGUUAUGACUGAAGAUGGAUCUGUGAUUGGAUAUGAUUAUCUUGUUAUUGCUACAGGUCACAAUGACUUGUUCCCUAAAACCAGACAAGAGAAGCUGUCACAUUACCAAGCUGAAUAUGAGAAGAUCAAAUCUUCUGGAUCAGUUUUGAUUGUUGGUGGAGGUCCAUCUGGUGUGGAGCUAGCUGCGGAAAUCGCUGUUGAUUUUCCAGAGAAGAAGGUUACUCUGGUGCAUAAAGGACCAAGAUUGCUUGAAUUUGUUGGACAAAAAGCUGCUGAUAAAGCAUCUGACUGGUUGGAAUCAAAGAAAGUGGAAGUGAUAUUGAACCAAUCUGUGGAUUUGAGUUCAGCAUCAGAUGGAAACAAAACAUACCGGACUUCAGGAGGAGAAACUAUACAUGCAGAUUGUCAUUUCCUCUGUGUUGGGAAACCUUUGUCUUCUCAAUGGCUCAAUGGAACUGUUCUGAAAGAUAGCUUGGAUGGCAAAGGAAGGGUCAUGGUCGAUGAGUACUUGCGGAUUAGGGGUCGAAGCAAUGUAUUCGCCAUUGGAGAUAUCACUAAUAUCCCGGAGAUGAAACAAGGAUAUAUAGCGGAGACUCAUGCUAAUGUGGUUGUGAAAAACAUAAAGGUAAUGAUGUCGAGUGGGAAAAAGAAGAAGAUGUCGACUUACAAGCCUGGUCCAGAGAUGGCCAUUGUAUCUUUAGGAAGAAAGGACUCAGUGGCUCAGUUUCCGUUUGUAACAGUUGUUGGUUGCCUCCCUGGUUUGAUCAAGUCGAAGGAUCUGUUUGUGGGAAAGACGAGGAAGGCAAGAGGACUAAAUCCUAAACUUGUAUAAUAAGGUUGAGUCCUAUUUGUGUCUUCUGGUUUCAUCUUGAGAGAUGAAAAUUAUGUUGUUUGUGUUGAUCUCAUUGUUUCAGUGUGGAGUGAGUGUUGGUUUGCUUAUGUUGUUGUGUAUGUAAUGAAAAGUUCUAAUCUUC